UGCCGCUCUCCUCCCAGUGACAGUCCUCUACAGCCCUCCUCUGAUUACUGGCCUGGCAUCUUUCAUCCAUUCAUUCCGCUUUCCAUUCAUCCAUCUAUUUGCCCUGUCAUGAAAGGCCUGUCCAGUAGUCGGAGUCACCAUCAUGUGGUCUCCUAUGAACCAUCAUAUGAUCCACUGGGUCACCAUGUUGACCGUAAGCCAUAUUUGUACAAUCAGAUGGACAUGCCGGUACCCAUACCUAUGCCACAUCCUGCUGAGUUAUCCUACUACAAUGCUCAGCGUAGCCCAUACCCCUCUGACAACAACAGCAUUGUCCCAUAUGGAACCUUCCCAAGGAGGUGCCACUCCACCUCCUCAUCUCACCAUCCUGAGGUAAAGGAUGAGUGCAUGGCCAUGGUACCAUAUGUAGGAGGAGUAGGACGAGGGGGAGGAGGUGGAGGAGGCUAUGGGGGUAAAGCACAGUCUCGGGUACCUGUAAAUUAUAUGGACCCAUAUGAGCAACAACCACCAUUUUCCAGAGAUGGCUACCACACACUGCAGUACAAACGAGGAAUGCUGUCCCAAAGUGGGGGGAUGGGGCCCAACGACAACAACAAUGACAGUCCUGGGCGAAUUCGACACUUGGUCCACUCUGUCCAGAAACUCUUCACCAAGUCACAUUCAUUAGAGGGGCCACACCACACACAGUCAUCAAAAGGGGCCAACAACGGGAGUGGCCAGCCCAGAAGGUGCGGCUCCUCAAGCAGGAGCGCGCCACCGGAAGCGCAGCAAGAGCCGUGA